UGGUACGUUCGAAACGCUUAGAAUUCCACCGCUAUCCACCAACGACGGACAAUAAUUAUUCUUUCACGGAAAAACCUUUGCCGAUGUCUCGAAUUACAAUGAAAGUUAACUUCGCUAUCCCAAGCUCGGAGAUCCGCGUUCUAUAUUUAAAUCUAAAUAUUCUAUUAUUAUUUUAGUAGUCAGAGGGGCUCGACGGGAGGCGAAUCCAAAUUUUAAUCUCUUCGCUCCGAAUCAUCGAUCCAGAUUCGAUUCGAUAAAUCGUAGGAAACUCGAUCAACUGUGCUGAGGUCUUUCGAUAAAACCUCAACUGCAUUUUGCCAUCGUCAAAACUUUUUGUCGACUUUGGACCGAAAACCUUGCACAGCGCGGGUGGGGGAGCUUUAUGCGCGAGGCAUCGGCAUCGGCGUGGUACAGAGCGGGUACGUCGAUGCCCAAAGUAAAGUCAUAACCACCGAUGUUGUGCAGCUCCUCAGGGCAAUCAAAGUAGAAGGAACACCCACAAAUACUACACCGCUUCGAAUCGAUAAUGCCGUUGCAUCCAACCCACUGCGAAUCGGCAGAUGGGGGUUCGGUCUUUUCAAACUCCAAAAUCCCAAAGUUUAGCGUUUACGACUUGCAACUCUCAAUUUUCGCCGAGAGCGAUUACAUAAUUAAGGAGAAGGGAUCGAGAUCGAAGUGCAACGCAACGCAAUGAAACGCCCCAACCGUAUAGCGGGUCAGAUCACAUCACAUCGCGUUACGUUACGUUACAUGGCCGAUGAUUUACGAAGCCUGAGGGGCCCCGAGAACUCGAACAAUGAGCUUCGAUCGGGAUUCUCUGGAGCCGAGAGAGUUGCAGGGAGAGGUAGAGGUACAGUCGAUCUCCCCGAGCUCGUAUGGGAAACUGUUGGGAAUGGUUCACGUAUCCCUGGCCCCUUCGUCGUCUCUUCGCGUGCCCUUGGACUGUCUGUACUUACGAAUACUUAUACGGCGACGCGUGUACACGUAUUCCUCGCUCGUUCGACUUUCGAACCAAGCGAAUGAGUGGAAGAAAAAAAAAAAAAAAAAUCGACGACAAAGACGACGGCCGUAGUACAACGGACAAUGGAUCGCAUGGUCCAUGUUGUGCAUCGGUUAUUAUGUCCGAGGAAACAAAAGAGGAGAAUGAAUAUACGCUGGAGAGAUUUUUUAUGAGACACCAGUCGAUGAAGAUUUUCACGAGAGCUCGCGUGUAAUGGUGGACGCACUUUUUCCUUCAUUCUUAACAUGUAUAUUUUCAUCGAUCAACGCUCUUUCGAAAUGAGCUGGGAAAAGAUGCAAGGGAGACAAGGAUUUUCCAAAUCCUUUAGCGUGUAUCAUUAUCGUAUCAUUCAGCUGCGGUGAACCGGUAACUCGUAGUCCGUUUGAUACCAAAAAAGAAAGAUCGGUUUCAGUUAACAUUCACCCGCCGCAACCUCAAGGACUUUUAAACCUUGACAGCGAGGAAAAUAUCGAUCUUAUACACGAGGAAUGUGUAAUAAAGUCUUGCGAGAUUCACGAAGUAGAUAAAUAAGGUCCUGCGGUAAGCAAAUCUCGUGGUUUUACUCCCAAACGCGCCCGCACGAGAUAUUCUUCGGCGAUUCGCGAGACCCCCAAUUAAGAAAUAAAAAGGAGAGCAGAAAGACAAUUAGUAUUUUAUCUCGCCGAGUACAAACCCCAAAAAAAAAAUUACCACCCAAGUUAGGUGCCGAGAUAAAGUCGGAUCUCGAGCAGCGGCCUUCGCGAGUGGAACGAUGUAAAUAAAUUACCAGAAUUCUUACCUUCGGAAUUUGUCACCUGGCUCCGCGACGAAAUAAACGAGUAUCAUUACAGUAUUUGAGAUGAAAUAGUCCCUUUCUCUACGGCCCUGAAGAGGAAUCCCGUGCGUGGACCGCGUGCGCAAUAGAAGAACACCAAAGCACAGGGAGUCAGUCAACCCAGUGGCGGCCUGCCGUUCAGGCUUGCUUGACGCUCGUUGUCUCUCCGUAUAUUCGAACAUCGGUGCCGCAGCGCGUUGUUAUCUCCGUUCACCUGGGUAUCGGAGUCAAGAACAUCGAGUGCAAUUUUUUCACACCGACCGGCGAUUCUCGUCACCGUUCACUCGAUUUCAUGUAGUUACUACAAUUUCAACACUCGGAAUAUCCUGGAGAUUUUUCAUGCGUGUGAUCCUAAAUGGCCCGAACUUCAAAAUCGCCCUUUGGCUAGCUGUAAGCCGGAAUGUUUUGGCAAAGUAGAACGUUGUUAUCGUAUAGACAGGAAUUGACAAGUAUCGAACUCCUCCGUAAAUCGAACGGUGCAGUGAUAAAAAAUCCGUUAUAUUUAUUAUCUGACCGUAUCCCGCGAAACCCGAAGGGAGAUCACCAUGAUCGGAUUAAGCGCGGCCGAAAAGAAUUGCUGAUAGCCCCGCCGCAGGGAUCAGAAAUCUGCGAUCCGCAAAUAAGAGUAAACGAAAUUUCAAAGAGAUCCAAGAACGCUUUGUGAGACAAAAUUUCAACGACCGUACACCCCAUCGGCAUUUAAAUUUGCCAUGGAGGACGAGCUUCGGUGCCCCUUGUGCAAGGAGCUCUUCAACGAGCCAGUUCUGCUUCCGUGUUGGCACGCCUUGUGCUUAUGUUGUGCCGUCAAUCUCCAGGCGCCCCCGGAUUCUCAGCCGGAAUGUUGCCCUUCGGAUCCGGUGAACGCUCCGGAUCAAGAGGCGGACAAGCUGUCGAUACUAUCGGAGACGGAUUCGGGGGUGGUCUGCAGCAGCACGUCGACGUCCUCGAGACCCGGAAGUUACGUCGGGACACCGGGUAACGGGGGAUUCCCGCCUUCCGGAGGAACUCUCUGCCUGGCCUGUCCCGUUUGCCAAAAAAUGGUUUACUUCGACGAGGGGGGCGCCCACAAUUUGCCAAAAUACAGGGCCAUGCAGCACAUCGUUGACAAGUACCAAGAGGCUAGGAAUAUUAAAUUGCAGUGCCAGAUGUGCGAAGGGGAUCCGCAGGAGGCUACCGUAGCCUGCGAACAGUGCGAGGUCCUCUACUGCGAUUCCUGCAGAGAGUCCUGUCACCCCAACCGGGGUCCCCUGGCGGCGCACAACCUCGGACCUCCGCGGGGCAGCUGGCAUUCGUCGACGCGGACACGGGGAUCCGGUGACCCGGGGUCUACCGGGUGCGCCGAACACCCCGGUGAAAUGGUAUGCCUCUAUUGUGCCAUGUGCAAAAGCGCCGCCUGCUCCUUGUGCCUUCGGGAGAGACACGCCGCUCAUCCCCACGACGUAUUGCCCCUGGCAGCCGCUUGCAAAGCCCAAAAGACGGAAUUGUCGCAAAAUCUACAACAGCUGUCUGAGAGGGCGAGAUCGACGACGGAGUUUAUACAGAGGCUUAAAGGAAUGACGGACAAAGUUCACGAGGAAUGCGCGGCCCUGGAGCAGGAGGUUGACGACAGGGUGGCGAGUUUGGUGGGUCAGCUGCAGGCGCGUAAGGGUCGUUUGAUCGAGGCAGCAAGGCAGACGCGAGAGAGUCGGGUUAGGUCCCUGAGGGAACACGUCGGUAGAUGCGCCUCUCACCUGCAGGCAACAACCGCCCUACUCACAUUCUGCAUCGAGGCACUCAAGGAAACGGACAGCGCCGCCUUCCUCCAAAUCGGCGGUAUGCUCUCCGUCAGAGCUUCUGCCGCCGCUGGAUCUUGGGGUGCCGCUGAGGGGGUUCAGGAAGCCGCCAGACUUCCCCUUCUGGAUCUCACCCUCGAUGACAAACCCCUACGCAGGGCCAUCGAUCAACUAACCUUUGUGCAGCUCAAACCCGCUGAUGGGGAGGACCGUUACCCUACCGCAGCACCAGGUGCGCCUCAGUUGAUCCCCGAAGAAUGCAGUGCCGAGAAUAACAGCGUUACCGUGGCCUGGCAGCCUCCGGGAGGUGGAGGCGGAGUCGCAAGUGGUCAGCGCGGUCCAGCCGUGGAGGGUUAUCUCCUGGAACUGGACGACGGUUGCGGUGGAGAGUUCAGAGAGGUGUACUGCGGACGAGAGACGAUCUGCACGGUAGAUGGGCUGCACUUCAAUUCGCUUUACAACGCUAGGGUGAGGGCGUUCAACAGUGCGGGGGAAGGAGAAUAUUCGGAGCUGAUCGGCCUACAAACUGCCGAGGUUGCGUGGUUUUCCUGGGCGGUCGGUCAAUCGAGUUCCGGUUCAUCUAUGGGAUCCGGAAUGACGUCUGGUAUCGGAAUGGGAAUGGGUUCGGGUGUCCCCCAGGAAGUAUCCGUAUCGGAGGACGCGACGAGCGCCUCGUGCGAAGGUUACGAGCAUCGGGUGGUCCUAUCAAGCGUCGGUUUCUCCAGGGGUGUCCACUAUUGGGAACUGACCAUUGACCGAUACCACAGCGACACGGACCCGGCCUUCGGGGUAGCCCGUGCCGACGUAGCGAGGGACCAAAUGCUCGGUAAGGACGAGAAGGGCUGGAGCAUGUACAUCGAUCGUCAACGUUCUUGGUUCAUGCACGGCGGUAGACACGCGCAACGUACGGAAGGCGGCGUUCAACAAGGUUCAACGGUCGGCGUUCUUCUCGAUUUGGAAACGACGCACACUCUCCGAUUUUUCGUAAACGAUCAACCGCAGGGUGGUGUCGCCUUUCGUGAUCUCUACGGCGUAUUUUAUCCAGCCGUUAGCCUCAACCGUGGCGUGUGCGUGACUUUGCACACCGCGCUCGACGUUCCCAGGCAUCUACUAACAACCCACGACGAAUACCUUAGCGAUAUUGUGCAAAGCUAGGGGUACCUAAAUGUCCUCAGAAAGGGUCUUCUCGUUGGCGCCAACAAUCAACACUGUUUAAUCGCUCGCGCUUGUAAUAACGACAAACCUUCGAACAAUAUAUCAGGCAACAAUUGUAACAAGGAGGGAGAUACGUUUUUAGAAAAAAUUAUCGAGGAAAACUGACCCCAACUGCGUGAAGCCUAGUAAUUUUAUUCCAAACACUGCCCCAUCCUAAUUAUAUUUUUAUCACGUGCAUCUUCGGACAUAGGCAUUGCAUAGGCUUACACUAUUCAGGUAUUAUUAUUAUUAUUAUUAUUACUACUAUGAUUAUCAUUAGUUCCACUUUACGUACGAUUGCCGAUUCCAUAUUAUAGUGCUCAACGCGGUACAGGUUUAUUAAUUAUUGUUAACUACGUUGCGAUCGCGGAACAUUAUUUUAUUUUUCAUUAUUUUAUCGAGUAUCUUAGAGCGUAAUAAUUAUGAUUGUUAUACAAAAGACUGUAUUUUCAACUACAAGGUAUUCACAUGGGAUCCCAACGUUUUAAUUUCGAUCUUCAUAGGGUACUUAAUCAUAUCGAAUUAUUGUUAGGUAUUUAAUAUGAUGACAUUGCAUAUGAAUAUAGAUUUAAUAUAUCAAAAGGUGACGACGACGAUGAUGAUGGUGAUGAUGAUGAUGAUGACGGAUAGAAUCGAGUAUGUUAUGAAAUCUGAUGUAAAAAUUAUCGAUAACAUUAAUAUAAAUACAUUUUUCUAGUCUUCGUAUAGAUAGAUAAAUAGAUAACGAAGUGAUUGGACGAUCGUUCUUUUUUCUCAACUCUCGUUCUUAAAUGUUUUUUUAUUUUCAUUUUAUCAGAAAUUAGUAGUAUUUCAUCCUCUUCCUCUGUCUCUUGUUCAUCUUCUUUUUUCUUUUUUUUUUUUUUAU